GCCCAGCAGUACGGCCUCCGAGAGGGCGGGGAGGGCGAGGACUGGACUCUGUACUGGACCGACUUCUCCGUGUCGCUGGAGCGGGUGAUGGAAAUGAAAAGUUACCAGAAAAUCAAUCACUUCCCGGGGAUGAGUGAAAUCUGCCGCAAGGACUUGCUGGCCAGGAACAUGAGCCGCAUGUUAAAGUUGUUCCCUAAAGACUUCCACUUUUUCCCUCGGACCUGGUGUCUUCCUGCCGACUGGGGAGAUUUGCAGAACUACAGCAGGUCAAGAAAAAACAAGACAUACAUCUGUAAGCCGGAUUCGGGCUGCCAAGGGAGAGGUAUAUUCAUCACCCGGACGGCGAAAGAAAUCAAAGCGGGGGAGGACAUGAUCUGUCAGCUCUAUAUUUCCAAGCCCUUUAUCAUUGACGGGUUCAAGUUUGACCUACGAAUUUACGUGCUGAUGACGUCCUGUGACCCUCUCAGGAUUUUCACGUAUAACGAAGGACUGGCCCGCUUCGCCACCACCUCCUACUCUCACCCUUGCACAGAAAACCUGGAUGAUGUCUGCAUGCACCUGACUAACUACUCCAUUAACAAGCACAGCUCCAAUUUCAUUCAAGAUGCUCACUCUGGCAGCAAGAGGAAGCUCUCCACCUUCAACAAGUACAUGGAGAGCCACGGCUACAAUAUGGAGCAGGUAUGGAGAGAUAUCGAGGACGUCAUCAUCAAGACCAUCAUCUCCGCCUACCCCGUCAUCAAGCACAACUACCACACCUGCUUCCCCAACCACACGCUCAACAGCGCCUGCUUCGAGAUCCUGGGCUUCGACAUUUUGCUGGACCGCAAACUCAAGCCCUGGCUGCUGGAGGUCAACCACUCUCCGAGCUUCUCCACGGACUCCUGCUUGGAUAAAGAGGUGAAGGACAGUCUGCUGUAUGACACCUUGGUCCUGAUCAACCUGGGGAGCUGUGACAAAAAGAAAGUCCUGGAGGAGGAGAGACAACGGGGGCGGUUCCUGCAGCAGUGUCGUUCUCGGGAGAGCAGGAUCGAGGAGGUCAAGGGUUUCCAGGCCUUGCGUCUAGCGAUAACCGAGAAGUAUGAAAAGGAAAACUGCAGAGGGUUCCGCCUGAUUUAUCCCAGCCUGAGUUCGGAGAAGUACGAGAAGUUCUUCCAGGACAACAGCUCCCUCUUCCAGAACACGGUUGCCUCCCGAGCCCGGGAGCUGUACGCCCGGCAGCUGAUCCAGAAGCUGAGGCUAAAAGAGGAGAAAAAGCCCUUCCGAACGAAAGAGAAGAAGGCAGAGAUGCAGGGGGAGUCGGCAGGCGAACAAGCGAGAGGCAAGGGCUUGAGAAGCUGGCACCAGGCGCGACGGCAGAAACACAAGGCCGUUGCCACCCAUGCCUCCAAACAAUCCUUCGAGCCACUGGCACUAGAAUCCUGCGCCCUUGACAUGCUCUUGAAUGUCAGAGAUGCGAAGAAAAUGGAGACAGAGAGCAGCCUUGACCAGGAGGCCCCCAAGGAGGAGGAUGACCCUGCUCCUCCCAAGCCUGCAUCCGCGAGACAUUGCUCCUCCGUACCCGACCUCAGAAACGCAAGUUUUCUCAGCUGCCCUGGGCUGGAGCUCGGUAAACCCAUCCUCACCAUCAAGGAAGCCAAGUCUGCCUCUGCAGUGAACAUAUUCGCGGGCGCGGUGCCCUUAACUUCAGCAGAAACCUCGGAAUCGACUCCCCGGGUCUCAGACACCCCCGAGUCUCUCCUGAGCACCAUCAUGACAAUCAGCUCUGAACGCAGCAGCCCGGAGGUAGGCAGGGUGGUCUCCUUUACGUGCAAGAAACAGCAGAUUGCCGAGCACUUCCUCCAGGAGAAGAUAUCAAAAGUUUCUCUGCCUGCAAAAUCCCAGCGCUUCUUGGGGGCUCUGAACCCGAGAUGGGCUUUGCUAAAGAAUAACCUGAAGAAGCGGCAUCUGAUGUCAGAGAUACUCACCAAGGCUCAGCUGAGGGAGAAGUUCUCCUUGUCCCCAGCGCUCUACAAUUCAAAGCUGCUGUUGAGUAACCAGUCACGAAACUUCCCCUUGCCCCCGGAGUACUACUUCCAUGGCCAAAGCUCUGGUGGGAAGAGGCCGCUGGACCUGUCCUCCCUCCUCCUCUUGAAGAAUGCUCACAGCCGUGAUGUUUCUGUGAGGGAUCUAGUGGUGGUGGCCACUUCAGCGCCCCUGGGUCCGAGGCCUGGCAGAGACUUAACAGGUGCUACGAGGGACCCGUGUAUGCAGCAUCAGGAAGCGUACAGUCACUGCCUGAUCGCUGGCCAAAAACGAUGUGAGCGGAAAUAG